AUGAUGGUCGGACUUUUGCCUGUUAUGGACGAAACUGCAAUGAAAAAGAAGGAAAAGGAGAAGAAAAAGAAGAAGGAAACGAUGCAGAAUGGAAAGGAGAAGGUCAAGAGAUUAUCUGAAAAAGACAUGGAACCAGAACUUACUCCUAUACACCCAAUGAAGACAAUGACGAGCUCUAUUAAAGAAGAAUGUUCGAUUGACUUGGAAACUGUGGAUAUGGAACUGAUACGACGAUCAAAUGUACUGGAGGAAGAAACGUCAAAAGAUGACGACCAAUUGUUGUUACUGGAGGAUGACGGACUUGAGAGUGAUGAGAAGAAAUCGGCAUUUGGAUUUCGUGUCACUUCGUCGUCUGUUUCGGUUUCAUUCUCGACGUUACAAGUGUGUAUCAUUGUAUCCGUGAUACUGGACUUUGCUGGAUGCAUUUUCUCCAAUGUGGGACUAUCCAUGGCUGGCAGUGGCUUGUAUCAGGUCGUGUACUCGAGUGUCAUUUGCUGGUCGGCACUUAUGUCUCGGUUUAUUCUGAAGAAAGUUGUGUCAAAGGGAGAGUGGUAUGGUAUUGCACUAGUAACAUUUGGACUUGCGUUUAGUGCAUUGGGGGAAUCAGGAAGUGGACGUGAUAACACACUUGUGCUCAUGGGCUGUUUCAAUACGCUGGUGGGGGCGGCUUUUUACGGUGGCAAUUAUGUCACGGGAGAGUAUACGCUCAAUCUAGCGGAACAACCACACCCGAAAGAAUUGUGUCUCAAGAUUGGUGCGGCUUGUGUUGCAAUCAUUGCUGUUUACCAGAGUAUCUUUGUGCUGCCUGAGUGGGAUGCAUUAGUAACGAAGCCCAUUACCGAUGUAAAUGGGAACACGAUCCACAUUGUGUCUGCGCUCGUAGCGUAUACUUUGUCCCAGCUUGCCCAUGGACUCACGUACUUUGUGAUGCUCGGCUCGAGCGGUGCCGUCACCACAGGUAUCAUGCAGAGCUUGCGUGCUGUGUGCGUGUUCGUGAUUAGCUCGAUGCUGUACUGCAGUCAGCAGGAGUCGCAGUGCUUUGAUACGAAGCGUGGCGUCGCUACCCUGGUCGUUGUGAGUGGAGUCAUGUUCUACUCGUGGGCCAAGAGUCAGCAGAAAAAGGCGAGUGUACUAGCUUCUCCGUCGUCGCGACGACCAAGGAAAGACUCGAAAACCAGGACGAACCCAAGCAAGAACUAUGUCGUCUAG